AAAAUUUUAUCUAAUUAGGUGUCAUACUUAAAAUACUAUGAUUUGAAGUAUUAUCAUAUCUUUAAAGAACAUUUCUAUGAGCAUUACCUCUUCCUAGACCAUGGCGUGAACAUCUACUGCGUGAACAUCUAAUGCACACUGUCCUUCUUCACAACCCAAACAAACCCUCACCCACUCACGCCCCCUCAGACUCACAAUGUAAACAAACAGCCAGGCAAAAGCAGAGAGCAAAAGCCAUGUGCUUCUUCAGUGCCUACCUAUACUGUCUCUGCGGCCACAUUGACUACGAUAUUAGCACACUCUGCGUGGCAUUCAAGAAACAACUCCUUCGAAUCUGCUCACCAACAAACCUCUCUAACCCCUCCUGCAUCCCCUUCUCCCCGAACGACGAAACCUGCCUGCCACAUGCCCCCGACCCGCGCCUCGGUGUGGCUGGAAAUUUGCAGUGGUUCUAUAUUGUUUUGCCAGGAGAUAUAGGGCCGACGGCAAGCCUACAGCCGCUCUGUCAUCGCUUGCGAGAGCUACAGAGCCGCGAGGACAGGGAAGGGUGGAUGGUUGUGAGUGGGCUGUGUGGUGGUUGCACCAGUGCCGCUGAGGACUUGUGCGAGAUGUUUCAGGCUUGUCCGUCUUUCGGCUUGACAGAUGACAUGGUCCUCGACGAAGACGGUAAUGAAAAUGGAAUGGAUGAUAGUGAUGUAAGCAAGGCUGAGGAUUUCGACCUCCCUUUCCUCCGCAGGGUUACUGCAUUGGAUAUCUCGUCGAAAGCGCCGGGGGCGAUGGAACAAGAUAAGAGUAUCGGGGGUGAGAUUAGUACGCCACUGCGUGGUGCUAUGGGGAGGAGUGGUUAUGACACUAAUCGCACGUACAGCCUGGAGGAGCGUGAUAUUGACAUGAUGCGGCUGGAUGAGGACGGUGGUACGUGUAUUGUCAGUGGCAUGGGCAUUCUCGACGAUCCCUUUGUUGGCCCUGCUAUUCCUCAACGUGGUUACCAUGACGAGCCUGUCAGUGUUGGUCAUCCUGAGAUUCCACAUAAUAAGUUCUUGAAAAGCCUUAUGGACGCGGCGGCUAGUCCAAGCAAUGCGUCGAGAAGAAUGCGAAAGCGAGCUAGACUGGGCACGACCACCAGGAUUGGGAGUAAUAGCAGUUUGUUGUCUGCAGUUAGCGCGAGCGAGGCGAACCAGAGUAAGAAAAGGAAAACAGGCCAUGCAACCAGCGAGCGGCGCGUACCCGAAAAUUGUCCGUAUUCGCUCAGGUCACGGUCGAAAGUGGGAAGCGGAGAGAGAGCUUAAUGAUCAAUAUACAAGACGGGUGGUGCGUGUUAGGAGGAAUCGGAAUUGUAUGCUUUUUGGGAGCGCAUUGGAGGUCAUUACGGAGAAAUAAAGGAGUGAGCGUUGGUUAGGAAAAAAAAUAAUCGGUGUUAUUGAUAUCUGUGAC